AUGCCUCUUCAGCUGCGCCCUGCUGUCCCAGAGGACAUCCCCGACAUGUGUCAGGUCUACUACUCAGCCUUCGGUGACACCUCUAUCGGAAGCCGUGUCUUUACGUCCGACAUCGAUGCCUCAAACCGUUUCUUUCAGAAGGGCUUCACGGAUGAUAUUGCAGACCCUCUGUGUGAAUUACUCGUCGUUACGCACAAAUCAUCCCCAGACUCAAAAGACGAAAAGGUGGUCUCGCUAGCGAAAUGGGCCCUCCCCGGUGCCCCAAUUCAGGAUCCUCCACCAGCCGAAGCAUGGCCAGCAAAUGGUGAUCUCGCCGUCCAGUUCUUUGGCGCUAUGACAAGAGGCCAUCGCAAGUUGAUGGGCGAUAGACCUCAUUAUUACCUUGAACUCAUCUGCACGCACGAGACCUGGCACCGCAAAGGCGCGGGCACUUUACUUCUCCGCUGGGGCAUCGAGCACGCAGACACAGAUGGUCUCCCAUGCUUUCUUGAGGCUACACCCAAGGGAAAGCUGGUAUACGAGAAGUUCGGAUUCAGGGUAAAAGCUGAGGAGGAGUUUAAGUGGUCGUUCGGGACGUUUGUGGAGACUUACAUGGAGCGUGAUGCAAAGAUCGAGAAACGGACAAUGACGCGGCCGAAAUCCAAGGAAUUCGCGUAG